AUAAACAGCCCCACUCCCCACCCCGGAGGUGGCUGCAUCUCCUUGCCGGGCCAGGGACCCUGUAUAAACAGCCCCACUCCCCACCCCAGAGGUGGCUGCAUCUCCUUGCCGGGCCAGGGACCCUGUAUAAAUAGCCCCAUUCCCCACUCCAGAGGUGGCAGCAUCUCAGCACUGGCAAGGGACCCUGAGACAGCUGCAGCUCAGUGCCAGGUACUGCUACACCUGUCAGUCCCAUGUGCCCCCCCGCUGCCACCACUGCUACACCUGCAAUGUGUGCAUGUUGCGCCGGGACCACCACUGUGUGCUGCUGGGCCAGUGCGUGGGCUACCGUAACUACCGUUACUUCCUGUGCCUCCUACUGCAUGGCUGGGUGGCCCUGCUCUACGCCAGCCUGCUCAAUGCUGACAUCUUCAUGGCCCUGCUGAAUGAAGGAGUCACCCUGCACAGCAUCCUCCUCCUCUUCGUGCCAUGGCUCAUGCUGCUGACGGGCCAGGUGAGCACCUCGACUUUCAUGUAUGCUUUCUUGGCUGACACCUGUGUGGUUGGUUUCCUUUUCUGCUCCGGUUUCCUGUUCUUCCAUGUGCUGCUGAGCCUGCGUGGCCAGACGGUCAGAGAGUGGUUUGGGGAGAACCGCUGCUAUGACCUGGGCUGGCACCACAACCUGCAAGAGGCAUUGGGGGACAGGUGGCACCUCGUCUGGCUGUGCCCGCUCCUGGUGUCCACUCUUCCUGGGGAUGGAGUGGCCUUCAAGAGAAGAGCUCUCGGGACUGAGCCCUUUGCCAAGCCAGUUGUUUUCUGAAGGUUUCCUUCCGGAUGGCCCUACAGGGGAGCUGACUCUGGCUUUGCCUCUCCUGCUGAGGGGUGAGUGUCAAGCACUGCUCUGCCCCAUGGGUUACUGGCACCUCCAUCUGACAUGGGUCCUGACGCUGCCCGGGGGUGACCCUGUGUCCCAUCUGAGCCCUGUCUGCACUGGACUCUGCAGCUGUGGGGACUGUUGUGCCAAGCACUGGGCAGGCUCCAGCUGAGACUGAGGGGACCUGUUGCACUGGGCACGAUGCAGCUGGAGCCCCAUUGUUCCAAAUACAGACUGAGACAGUCGCUGCCCUGACGACGCACAGCCUUAACAGGCCCACGGUGGGAGGGUAAACAGGCACCAGUUUGGGGCCCAGAGCCCUGGCUCCCAGCCCAGUGCCCUCCCAACUGCACUAAUCUGUUGUGGUUCCCAGUUCUGCUCCUUUCCAAUCCCUAGCAGCACAAGGCUGCCCUUCUGCAACCCCAGAGCUGAACCUGCUGGUCUGCAGCAUUUGCACAGCUCUCCCCUGGCCUGGCCAAGCAGGAAAGAGGCUGGAGCCAUCUUACCAGUCCCUAUCACAGGUAACUGUCCCUCAGACACCCUGUUCCCAGUGGUCUCCAAUAAAGGCUCCCAGCCCAAGGUGCCUGUA